AAUGGAGGAACAAGAAAUACCUCUGUCAAAUGAUGAAUUCAAAUCGUUAAAAACCGAUCCUGAAUCUUUACAUUCUUACGUCUAUAAAGAAAUUGAGAUAAUUAUGAAUAAUAAGUCCAAAUAUACCGGUUGGGUUUAUACAAUAGAUCCAGAAUCAUUUACUAUUGUUCUAGUGAAUUUUGAAGAUAAUUCAAUUGAGCUAAUUACAAGUCAUUCUAUUCAGGGAAUACGAAUUAUAAAUAAUGAUUCCAGUGUAAAAAAACAAGAACUCGAUGACUUAGUAAAAAAGAAAUUCGGCAGUGAAAAGGAAAGGAAACAAUCUAGAAAUAUUGAAGAUGUGAUCAAAUACUUUAAUCAAUUACGUAUACCGGUCGAAAGACAAGGAAAUAUAUUACUAGUUGCUGGAAUAGUAAAUGUGACGUCACCGUUUACUGAAAAUGACUGCGUUAGUACAAAUCCUAUGGCUUUGGCUAAUAUUCAAAAAUUCUUAAGUAACUUUGAAUAA